AUGAGAUCCUUGCAUCAUCACUGCUUGGCGCUGGGACGGUUUUGGCCCAACUCCUUGCGGAUUUGUCAGAGCAGGUUCCAGUCGGUGUGCACAAAGAGUUGGGAGGUGAGCUCCCUGGGUCGAGUGAAGAACCUGAAGGGUGCUGUGCACCACGGGACCCUGAGCUGCAACGGUUACAGACGAGCCUUUAUUGAGGGGAAGAAUUACCUAGUGCACCGCUUGGUGGCAAGAGCAUUUCGUGGGCCUCCUCCUUCCGCUGCCCACACGCAGGUGAAUCACUUGGAUGGCGACAGGGAAAACAACAGGAUUGAGAACCUUGAGUAUGUCACGCCGCUUGAAAAUUCGAUUCACAGGCAGAACAAGCCGGGACGCACAAAGGCAGUCAGGUGCCGGCCUCGUGAUGGAGGGCCGUGGGAAACAUUUUCUUCUCAACGCGAAGCAGCUCACGCUCUAGGGCUGGAUGCCUCUGCUGUUAGCCAUUGCUGCUCAGGUCGCCAACGGCAUGCUGGCGGGUUUCAAUUUAAGCAUGCUGUCGAACCAGAGCCGGCAAGGUUAGCAGGAGAGGUUUGGCGAGCAGCUCACUACCCCGGCAUUAACGGUGCUCUUGAGGGCUGGAUGGUGAGCAGCCAAGGCCGCAUCAGGACUCAUGUGGGACACAUUACUCGCGGGAGCCGCCUUGCAUCAGGCUAUUUGAUGGCUCAUUGCCGCUUAAGAGCUGCUAACCUCAACCGAAAGUUCCUGGUGCAUCGCUUGGUUGCUGCAAGUUUCUUUGGGCAGCCCAGCUCAGCUGACCUUCAAGUCAAUCACUUGGAUGGCAACCGGGCAAACAACAUCGUUAACAAUUUGGAGUACGCGACGCCUGCGCAAAACGUUCAGCAUGCAUACUCACGAAGGGCUGGCGGCAAAAUUGAGCGACCCAACGCAUUCAAGCGCCUGUUUGCCCGUCAGAUUUGCGGCACUCACUGCUGGAUGCACUUUGAGUCUGUAAAAGAGGCUGCUGCACAUACUGGCGUAUUCACCAGUCAUAUUUCUAUCGUUCUCCGUGGGGGACACGGCUAUGCAAAGAAUUGGGAGUUCAAGUUUGCAGUCAGUGAGGAGCUUCGCGGUGAGGAAUGGCGUCAAGUGAUACUUGAUUGGUCGUGUGCUUCUGGGUAUGGCGCCAAACUGGCGCCGGCUGAAUGA